GCAGCGAUUAAUCGCUCGGCACAACUUUUGAGAAAGAAUGUGGUCAACUAUAGAGUUGAUGGGCUGACAAAGGAUGAAGGUGAUGAGGAAGCGCUGAAGAGUGUGAUGCGCUAUGCAUUAGGAAGGUUGCCUACGAUGAGAAGGGAAAAGUAG